UUACGAUGAUUUUUUCAUAUUUACAGCUUUGCCACCUUACAAAUUUCUUCCUCUCAUCAUAUUUAUAAAUCUGCCAUUUUCUUCUUUUUUGUUUUCUCUUCUUUUCUUAGCAACCAAACACCACUAAAACUCUUCUCUACAUCGGCUGCCACCUCAUCUCCGACCACCACAGUGCCGCCGGCCACCACCAACGCCGACCAACCAUCAUCGCCGGCAGUCCAAAAGAUCAGCCCCUCCAUUGAUAAUCUUUUGUGCAAUUUUCUUGAAGAAAAUAGCCUUCUUGUAGCUAGCUCCAACGUGGAUUAUAGACUCUCUAACAAACUCCCUGCCCUAUUCGUUUUUGGAGAUUCGGUCUUUGAUCCAGGAAACAAUAACUUCCGCAAUGUCACAAUUGAUUUCAAGGCAGAUUUCUGGCCAUUUGGUGAGACUUUCUUCAAUUUAUCUACCGGAAGAUUCACUGAUGGUCGUAUCGUUCCUGAUUUCUUAUCCAUGUACCUUAACGUACCAUUGUGGAAACCAUAUUUAGCGCCUGGCACGCAAAACCUCCUUCACGGAGCCAACUUUGCUGGCGGAGGUGCAGCUGCGCUUGAUGAAUAUAGCUACUCUGGAACGAUUCCCUUCAGUGAGCAACUACGAUUUUUUGAGGAGGUGGCUAGUUUCCUAAAGCAACAGCUGAGUGAUGAGGAGGCAAUGAAGAUUCUGAAGGAAGCAGUUUAUCUAUCUAGCCUUGGGGGCAUCGACUACUUGACAUUUACUGGAACUUACCUUAAUGCUACUGAAGCAGAAAUAGAAGAAUUCAUAAAUAUGGUGGUCGGUAACAUCACAGACGGAGUCAAGAAAAUAUACGCGAUAGGGGGAAGGAAAUUUGCAUUUCAAAAUGUAGGACCGUUGGGUUGCAUGCCAAUAGUAAGAAAGUUAUUUGGGCUAACCAAUGAUUCGUGCUAUGAGGAUCUACUGUAUAUAGCAAGCCUGCACAAUGAUGCUCUUGCCAACGCCACAAAGGAGUUAGAGAGCCAAUUGCCAGGGUUCAAGUACCUAAUCUAUGAUUACUACAGUUUACUUCUUCAAAGGAUUGAGAACCCAUCAGACUAUGGCUUCAUAGAAGGUGUUAGUGCUUGUUGUGGCAAUGGGACAUAUCUCGGAUCUGGGUGUGGAAUAGAGCCAUAUGAAUUAUGUAGUGACCCAAGUGAGUUUGUUUGGUUUGAUGGUGGCCAUCCUACUGAGCAAACCAAUGCCCAGUUAGCCAGGCUGGUUUGGGAGGGAGGUCCGGAUGCUUCGACGCCCUAUAACUUGAAGCAAUUAUAUGACCUUGAAGUUAGUGACGAGAUUUCCUCAUCAGAAUGUUAUGCUAGGUUGAAAUUUUCACCGGAAAGUGGGAAAAAGAUGACAAAUGACUUUGAUAUUGUGAACUUUAUAUUUAUGUUCAGACGGUGGAAGAACUAUGAAAUAAAAGAAACCAACAUGUCAAACCUAACAAGCUUUCACUUGAGUUUCUUGUUUAUCUUUGCUUGCCUUCUCAUGGCAGGAAAGUCUCAUGCUGACCAUUCUAGGCAGGCUGCAACUAAUGUUGUUAUGUUUGUUUUUGGAGAUUCACUGUUUGAUCCAGGCAACAAUAACGACCUCAAUGUGAGCAUUAUUGAUAAGGCAAAUCGUUGGCCAUAUGGGGAAUCCUUCUUCAAUGUACCAACUGGGAGAUUCUGUGAUGGCCGUCUUAUCCCUGACUUCAUUGCUGAGUAUGCAAACAUACCCUUGUGGACACCUUAUAUGCAAACUGAAGGCAGUCAACAAUUUAUUAAUGGAGCCAAUUUUGCAGCUGGUGGAUCUGGCGUUCUUUCUGAAACUGAUCCAGGAUCGCUUGACCUCAAAACACAAGUAAAAUUCUUCAAGACAGUAGUUAAUCAAUUGAGGCAAGAGCUAGGCGCAGAAGAGGUAAAGAAGAUGUUGACAGAAGCAGUCUACUUAUCAAGCACUGGAGGAAAUGACUAUAUUGGCUACACUGAAGACUACCCAAACGCUGCAGAAUCAGAGCAAGAAGAAUUUGUGAAAAUGGUUGUUGGCAACUUAACAGGUGUGAUCAAGGAAAUUUAUGAAAUGGGGGGACGGAAAUUUGCUUUCCAGAAUGUAGGACCUAUUGGCUGCACCCCAAUCUCAAAACAAAUGAAUGGACUCAUCGGUGAUGAGUGCGAUGAAGAAUCCUUAGAGCUGGCAAGACUACAUAACAAUGCUUUACUUGAAGCAAUUGUAUCGUUACAGAGCCAGUUACAAGGAUUCAAAUACUUAGUAUUUGAUUAUUACACUUUGCUUUAUAAUAUCACAAGAAACCCUUCAAAAUAUGGUUUUCAAGUAGCGGAUGUUGCGUGUUGUGGCAGUGGGACCAAUAAUGCAAUAGAUUGUGGAAUACCACCUUAUGAGUUAUGUAGUAAUGUAAGUGAUUAUGUGUUUUUUGAUGGUGCCCAUCCUUCAGAAAAGGUUAACGAAGAAUUGGCCAAGCUACUAUGGGACGGGGAACCACCAUUUACAAAACCUAGUAACAUGAAACACCUACUAAAGCUGGAGACUGAAUCUCAUCUAUUGUCAGAAAAUCACAGUUUACUCAUUGAUGAAUAAAUUUCUAUUGGCUUGAGCUCAUGGGGAUAUAUAUAAGUAAAACUGUACCUGGUAAAUGAGAACAAGAAAUAUGUAAAAGUGGUGAUUAACAUGUGUAGAGUUAUAGUUUAUGAUACUUCAAUAUACUUUUUUAUUCUUUAAAUAUAAAAUAGAGAGUUAAUUUUGUUCUUUACAUAUGUAAAGUCAAACUUCACUCUCUAUUCUAUAUCUAAUAAAUAAACUAUAAGUCUCUAUACA